AUGGGAGAAUUAAACAAAGCCGCGGAUGAUUCAAAACCGCGCAGCUUGGGGCUUGUGAUCGCUGGCUCACGUACCCUUCCCGCCGGCGAACGACUGCCGACUCGCGUCGUUGGCGACGAACGAGGCCUCUCCAAGGAGUUACGCGACAACGCGUCCACGCGCUCUGGAACACCCCAUCGCGAAGACGACGAGCUUAACCCUCCAGUUGCUAUGGUGCGUCCAAAGUAUAAAGUCGUACGGCAUCCUCUCACCGUGGGUUGGUUGGUUUAUUUUCAGACCCACUCGACGACGACGCCGCUGACACCCUGUGCGGAGGCGGGAUCGUCGACUACCACCAACUCUUUCCACAAAGGAGCUGGCUCCUCGACUCGUUCUUCCAUUUCCUCAACUUCACGGCAUUUACGAUUUCGUUCCAAGUCUUUGUUUUCUCUCGCCGCCGAUUCCUCGUCUGCCCCUGCUUCAUCGUCCAACCUCACGACUUCUAAUUCUUCACCUUCAACUUCGGCCACUGCAAGUAUGAUCAACGCCGCAAAGGCACUGACCAGAAGGCUUUCGUCCACCGCCCUACGCGCAGCUAUGGACACAUCCAGUGGCGGCUCUGUUGGCCAGGUAUCAGCCAUUCCCGAGGGCGAACAUGAUAAUGUUGACCAACUUGACGCCGGGCGAACCUUGCGCCGGAAGAAGCGACUGGGCGGCCCACCACCUGCUCGCGCCUCUCCGACCCCACCACACACUAGUACGCUGAAGAAGCGCGUCAGCGCCGCGACUUUGAACGCGCCCCAACCGAUCGCCGUUUCCUUCAUGCUCGGCCAACGCCCAAGUACGCCCGAAUCAGAACAGUCCCUGCCUUCUCCUGUCAUCAUCGGAAUUGAAGGAGAGGGGCCAGAUGCCCCGCCAAUGGACAAAGGAAAAGGAGUUGACACGCCAGUCGAACAUGAAGACCAUGGUAGCCGUGUUUCAAAGCCACCGCUCUCCGAUACGACCUUGGCCGAUGACCGUUCUUCGACUCCAACAAACUCGACGCCGCCCUUGCAAUCAGAAACCACGACCGCCAUGUCUUCUCAAAGAUCGUCGAUGGAGCCGACUCCAACCAGUUCGCAAAUCGCCAUGCCUACCCUGCCUUCAGUACCGAGCCCGACCUCAACGAGAAUUGGUCACCCGAGCCGCCCCUAUUACAGUGCCAUUCGCAAACACUGCAUGUCCAGCCCAGCCCCCAUCACGGCUUCCAUUUCUCGACAAACAUCCUCACCUGGAGGCUCGCCCACGAACUCGCGACCCACUUCGUCCACGAUUGGCGGCUACCAUCCGCCUUCCUCCUUCGGAAUGGAUUCUGUUCCACCCUUCGCGAGAAGACCACUCUCGAUGGGUGCAGCGCCGAUACAUUCAACCCCGGCCAUCAGCAAUGUCAUCGCAGCCCAUUCCCAUUCUAGUUCCGUGGUCUCGAUGAUCGGGACGCAGGGCAUGAGCGUCUUCGAUUUGGAAGAUGACGAUGGAGUGUUCGAAGACGACGAUUCACCAACCGGGACUUCUGCCCCUCCUUCAUCUUUCAAGCCUAAAGGAUCUGGAACGGGCGGGAGGAAGUCAAGCAGUCUUUCACGUGCAUUUGGCAUGGGUCACAAGAAGAGAAGGACAUGGUCCUCCGGGCUCCUCUCUGGUGACAAUGAGGCCUCUGCACCUCCGUCCAGCUACUCGGGUAGGCCCAGCGCGGGUGGUGCUCGAAGAGGGAGCCAAGGGCCCAGUGUCUCUGUUCCGAUUGGCGGAUCGAUGAGCGGAGAGACCGAGUUGCGGAUGUCUUUGGCAAUGAUGGAGCAGCAGGAACGAGAGCGGCAACAACUACAACAGCGGGAGGCUGCUCAGUCGGAGAUCCCAGUGCUUCAAGGCACCCUCGGUGCGCAGCGUGAUCAGAAAUUCCGCUUCCGACGCACAAUGGAGUUCCCUGCCCACCAAACUUCCGCUGCCGACGAUGACGCCAACGGGAGGGGAAGGCGGCGAUCCCCAGAGCGACAAGGCACCCCGCCAGGUUCUCCUUCCAAUUCUGGUGUUCUCGCUCGCGUUCGAAAGUUCAGGAAAGGAAUUAUCAAAGGAUUCUUAGGCUCCUCAAGUGGGGGUGGUAGUACCUCGGCUGCUGGUGCGGCCUAAUUGGAAUAAUCUAUUGGAAGUCCAAGGCCUAUGCUCCGGUCUGUUGGCUUCCUCUUCGCUUUCGAUUUGAUCUUUUUGCUUUCUUUCAUCGCCUAAUUUUCUUGCUUCACGACCCAUUAUUAAUCUCAUGCAGUAACGACUUUUCAUUUCUACCAGUACAUAUUGACUUUCCCAUUCAUUUCUUCACAACCUCAACGCUACGCGUCUAGCAUCUACAAUCAUGCAUUUCUCGUUCUGCAUAUACAUACCUACAUAGUACUACCCACCAUGCCGCUUUGCUGUCCUUGUUGCUCGUUUCUUUCUUAGGUUCAUGUCUUCAUUUCACUCUUGACCACUUGUGGACCGGCAUGCCUAACUUUCAUUGCUUUGCACUGCAAUUGUACUACAUAUAAUGUCCUGGAUGAAUCAUUGGUGUUUUUCAG